AUGGACUCCGCAGCCCAGCCCGUGCCAUCUGGACUACGGCAGAGCUGUCUCUUCUGUCGAGGCCGGAAAAUUCGAUGCUCUGGCGGACUUGUCUGCAGCGCCUGCCAGGAACGCAACCGACACUGCGUCUACGGUCCCGAAGGACGCAAGGGACGACCCAGGCGCAAGCAAACGGGGGUUGAUAGCCCGUUGUCUUCAUCCACGGCUUCGCGCAUUAGCAAAGAUGCUUCUGCAUCUUCUAAGUUAGCAGCACAAGCUGAUGGCAACGACACUGACGGCUCUGCGCCUCCUGGGAGAAACCGUACCCUGGGAGACAACCUAGAGCUGAUGUUCAACGAGUAUUUCAUCCGCAAGGCUGGGUCUCAUUCUGAUCUGUUUCAGAAUUCAAUUGCUUCCUUCUUGAGAAGAACUGAGCGGUCAUCACCCUCGAACUAUCGUCCGCAUCGCUGGAAUCCCAAUUGGGAGCUACCAUCCCUGGCUCUCGAAACGGUAGAAAUGUUGUUGCGACAUUGUAGCCAUCUGGGUUACGAACAGCCUGACGCAUUAGGCCGAAACUUCUAUAUCACCAGCCUGGCGGCGGACUCCACGACAGCGAUGUUCGACCCACCCAGCAAUGAAAAUCCAUUGGCAAUGGUUGGGAAGCAUCGCAUCAUGCAGCUGAUCGACUUGUGGUUUUCAGUACAUCCCUUGUCACCUGCUAUAUCCAAGACUUUAUUGAUCGAUGCCGUGAAAGAUGAAACGGUCGACGAGGCCCUUCUGGCGAUCAUCUUGGCUGAUGCCUACCAGGCCUAUUGCGACAUCGUACCCGAUGGAGCUGGUGUGAAUGAAUCCCGUGCCCUAUUCCAAUUUGCUACCACAAAGUUGCAGCAUCGUACGCUAUCGCUUGGAGAACCGGGAACCAUCUCAAUCUCAACGGUACAAGCGUUGGUUCUCGUGGCAUGGCGGGAGCUCCUCCUGGGUCAUGCCCGGCGAGUGACUUGCUACGUGGGUUACACAUGUCGCAUGGUUGCGCGCCUGGUGGAAUGGCAGAAAAGUGGUAGCCGCCAAACCUGCAUGAUGCUAAACGGGGUAGAUAUUACCAUUGUGGAGAACGAAAUUUUACACAACAUAUACUGGCUAUGCUUAUCCACCACUACUUGGGCUUUUAUGCAGAUAGACCAGCCAUUUUCUCUCCUUGUUCCUGACGAAGUGCCUGGAUUUCCUUGCAUAGAUGGGAACACAUCUGCCAUGAUGCAACUCGAUCGGGUCACAGACAACAUCUCCACUCUCCACGCACAGAUGAAAGCCAUGCAGCAUCUGUUUCCUUUGAGCCAUAUCAUCAGCACGGUCGGCCACAUCUAUACGUUGUAUCUUAAUGCGCCAGUCGAGCAAGAGAAAAUGAAAUCAGUUCCCUGGCAAAUGCGACAUAUUCAUCAGCUGCAUCAUCUCCGGAAUCCAAAUAUGGCCGCGCUAUCAUCGGAAAUACGAACCAUUCUCUCCCAGGCCAUACAGGACAUGGAGAAAGAAGUUACCAACAAAUAUUCUCAGUCGUUUUUGCUACUGUCCUACCAUGCAAUUGCAAUGCACAUGUUAUUUCCAAGAAGCAGGACAGGCCAAGGGUCGCAGUUGAUCUCGGCCUCUGUUCUCCAUGCGUUCUGCCAAUCUGCCUCCGCGCUCGUUGCCAUUUCACAACGAUUGCUAAUUCCAACCAAAAAUGCGGAAGGAAUGGAUUUCAGCGGCGUGUUGGCUCUAUGUUUCGAUACCUGUAGCAAAGCACUGCUUCACAUCCAUUCUCAAUCUGAACGGGGCUCUAUGGAUGAGCGUCAGCAGAUUGCAGCUAUGCGUGGAAAACUAGCAGACCAUGCCAGCGAAUUGCAUCAUAUCUGUCAGGAGAUCCUGAAGCUGCAAGUUGGACCGGUGAUGCGACCGGCCGAGAACCAACUUGAGAAAAUGAAGUUGGCAUUCCAACAAUUCCCGGCGUCUUCCUCAACACAGUCCGUGCUCUCUCCUGGAGAUGCUACUGGCAGCUCUCCUUUUCCUACUCAGAACUGGCCUAAUAUGGAUGAUAUGCUAUCGGAUCCAGGCUUCUCCCUAGAUCAAAAUGUAAACAUACCGUUCAACUCCGAUUUCUCUACGGAUUUGCCAGAUAUGCUGCCAGGUAAUGCGCCGCUGGCACUCCACGAAUCGCUACCAGAGGCUCUUGACCCAUGCUUUUUCAUAGGGGACCCACAGAUGGGAUCGUUUCUCGGUUUCCCUCAAUUUCUCAAGACCAAUAUACACUCACAUCAUAAUUCACCUGGGGGUCAACAAGGUGUGGAUGCUGCUGAAGACGGCCUUUUCUCUGAGCUUGAAAAUUCAGCAGAAAGGUUACUUUAA